UGCCUUUAACUUAGUGCAAUUUUGAAUAUUAACUCGUUCGGUUGCCAAAAAAUAAAGGUGUCCGGUUUGCAGUAUUUUAAAAUGAAAAAAUCCAUAAGGCUCGAGGCUCCCGAUGGUGGUUGGGGAAUUCUUGUUUGUUUUGGAAUGGCAAUGCCGUUUAUAAGCAUUCUUGGUUCGUUUCCAUCAUUCGGUCUGGUUUUUGGGGACUUUUUGAAGAGUAUCGGAGCUGAAACAAGUGCCAUAGCUUUCAUAACAAGUGCUUUCUUUUGUUCCCUAAGCUUUGCGGGACUCUUCUCGAAUAGUCUUUUUAACCGAUUUUCCAGAAGGACCGUUGGAAUUGUUGGUGGAAUAUUGUAUUUCAUUGGAAACGUGAUGCAAGUUUAUGUUAAAACCACUGCUGAACUAACAGUGGCCUACAGUUUAGUACAGGGUAUUGCCGCUGGUCUAAUAAUUCCCGCCUCCUACACGUGCUUCAAUAGUUAUUUUGUCAAAAAACGCGUUAUGAUGAUGGCGUUUAGUCAAACUGUCAUCGGAGUCGGAACUAUGUGUUAUCCGGUGGUGAUACAAAAACUCAACGAAUUGUAUGGAUUUAGAGGAUCACUGUUGAUCCUUGCAGCUAUCAACAGUCAUGCAAUUCUAGGAAUGCUUAUUAUGCAGCCAGUGGAAUGGCAUAUGAAAAAAAUUGUUGUGAAUAAUGAUAUUGAAAGAGAUCGUUCGGAACCUCUCAUGAACGCUGAAGAACGAGGCUCUCGGCAGUCUAUGCAUUUGCGUCCACACGAAAAUCUUUCAAGUCGAAUGGGAAGCUAUAUCAGUUUGGGCACGUGGAACGGGCCAAUUGGUGUGAGUGCUGAAUCUGUUAAGAAGCGAUCUUACUGGCAAUGUAUUGAAGAUUUUUUGGAUCUGUCACUUUUGAAGGACCCCAUUUAUUUGAACAUAGUUUUGGGAAUGUCAUUUGCUUUGUAUUCGGAUUUGGCAUUUUUUACAUUGCAACCGAUGUAUCUUUUUGAAUUGAAUUAUACAAAGAUGGAAACUGCUAACAUUAUCGCGUUUGGGGCUGCCGCUGAUUUGAUAUCACGUGUUAUCAUAGCUUUAAGCGCUAUAUUUGUGACAGUUUCAUCUCGUCAUAUAUAUUUGGCUGGAUCGUUUUUCACAUUUAUCACACGAUUUGCUUUCCUGGAAGUCUUUGAUUAUGUUAAUAUGGCGAUAGUAACUGCCAUCAUGGGUUUCUUGCGCACAUGGAUCCACGUUACAAUGCCAUUGGUCAUUGGAGAAUAUCUUUCAACAGAACGUUUUUCAUCUGGAUAUGGUCUGUUUAUGUUCCUGCAAGGAAAUAUAACAUUUUUAAUAGGACCAAUUGUGGGUUACGUUCGUGAUCGGACAAAAGAUUAUGUUGUAACAUUUCAUUGUGUAAACAUUUUUAUGGGACUUUGUGUAUUUCCAUGGCUAAUAGAAGUAUUUUAUCUUAAAUGCCGAAAAUACAAAAAUAGCACUAGAUCAUGACUUUAAAUAAUUUUAAGAAUAGUAAAUAAAAAUAAUAAUAUAUAAGUAAA